AUGGGGGUUUGCACUAGUCACUCCUAAAAAUAAAGGAAAAUAAAAGAAGAAGAAAAAAACAAUACAAUCCAAUAAAACAAGAAUUCUAAUAAUGAAUCUCUCAGGGCAAAUAUUGAAAAUGCUCAUAAAAACUCUAAAUCUCCCUCUAGUUAAUUGUCGCAAUAAGGCAACUAAAAAUAAAAAAUUGACAUGGGAGCUAUCCUGGAAGUUGGAAGAAGGAAGAGAGGGAGUGUACAAACCGACAAGAAGUCUUAAUAUAGCCAAGAAAAGAGUGAAUAUUCGAAUAAAAACAAGUCGAACAAGAAGACCUUCAAAGUGAACAUUUCUUUAAAAUAAGUACCACUUUAAUUAUGCUAUGAAAUUAUGAAAUUUAAUGAACAUAAUAAUGUAUUAAUAAGACAUUUAAUUACCAAAAAGUUAAGAAUUGGAACACUAUAUGAAAGCAAUGCGUAAUCAAAAGAACUUGUACAAUAAAUUUUGCAAUUACAAUUAGUAAGUUAAAUAAAUAAAGUAGUUUCAUCCAAGAUUAUAGAAUAUCAUCGAAAUAUUAGAAUUUGAAAAUUAAAUUUUAAUUGUCAAGGAACAUUUUGAAAAUAAAGAAUUAAUUUCAAUUCAAAUUGAAAAUUAAUCUGAAAUUUUGAAGUAAAUCAUAGAAAUUAUAGAAUAUUUACACUAAAAAAACAUUGUUCAUGGUUAUUUGAAUAUUAAAUCAUUUCAAAUAUGCGCGCAAACAGACAAAAUCAAAUUGAUAGAUAUUGAAAAGAUAUUGUCUAAACCAUAACAUUAAGAGGAAGAAACUCAAUAUUUCUCGCCUGAAGCAUGCAAUUAAGGCAAUGUAUAUACAAAACAAAGAGACUGCUGGGCAAUAGGAAUAAUUGGACUAGAAUUAUUUGCAGGUCAACACCUCUUUCAUGGAGACAGUAUUGAAUCAAUUUAGAAGGAUAUACUUUCUAAUCAUGAAAUAAUCAUAAAAACUGUAAUCAAUUAAAUGAAAGAUCUUCAAUAUUCAGAGUUGUUGAGAUUACUAUUGAAUUCCUAAUAAAAAAAUAGAAUAUCCUUAUAAGUUGCCUCAACACAUAUUUGCUUUUAGUCUCAAUAGGUCAUCAGUAAAAAGAGAAUUACUUAGCUUCUCAAGAAGGUAUUUUAAUUAAAAAAGAAAUCAUGUAUCUAUCAGUGUCUAGCUUUAUUUAUAAUUAAAAAUAUCAAUAUUAAUUUUAAUGAAGAUAGGGAAAAUUGUUUAUUUUAUGAAAUGGAUGCAUCAAACGACGGGAAAGUUAGUAAAAAUGAAUUAAUGGAGUUUAUGAAAAAGAAUAAAUUCACAGAGGAUGAAAUAAUAUGUUAAUUUAUAGAAAUUGAGAAAUAAAAUAAUGGAAUUUGUUUUGAUUAUAAUGAAUACAUUACAUCACUGUUUGAAACUUCUACAUGUUUAAUUGAAGAUUAACUAUAAGAUGCUUUUUCUCAAUUAACAUAUAGUAAUUAAGGAAUAACUCUUGGGAAAAUGAUAUCUCUUUUUCCUCAUCGUGAAAAUUAAUUAAAAGUAGAAUUUAAUGAAUUUUAAGAUAAAAUAGUAAACAAACAUAUUAAUAAUUUUAGAUUACUUAUCCUAUUUUUAAAUAAAUAAUGUGUCAAUGA